AUCCCAUCGUUAAACCGAAGAAAACCUUCAGGAGAAGAACAACUUGGAACUGACAUCUUGCUUUUGUUGGAAGUAAGUUUGAUGGCUAUAUAGUUAUUCAGUAUAAGCGCUAUUUUUGCCGUGUUGUCAUUUUAGAUUUCAAGGUUUUAAAUGUAGGUACAGACCGUACAGUACAUAUAGGCAUACAACGCCUAAACCAGCCGAAUUAGCGGUUUACUGAGCAUUCAGGGCUUCGCAACAGGAUAUCCCAUAUGCCUAUACGGAAAGGGCGUUCAAUUAAUUAAGGCGUUGUUAUACAGAGCUAAACAGCGUACGGCUGCAAUACUAAAAUUCGACAGCGUUUACUACCGAAUAAUAGUCGGCAUGAUCUGAUGUUUGUUUUCAUUCCUAGGUUCUGUACAAACAUGCAGUGCUCAGCUGAUGCCUGUUCUUAACUUUAAGUCAUUAAAUUUCAUUGAAAAAGAACUAUAGAUUUUUGCUGUCUCAGCGUAUCCAAUACACAUAUGAAAUAUUCUGUUCAGUGCAUCCCACCCUGACCGCCGUAGCUUAUUUGAUGGUCGUUUAGAUGCAUGCAUGAGUGGGGUAUAGUUAGAAAAAAUAUGGAAACCCGACCGAAUAUAUAGCACGCUGAUAUUUUGAUGUUAUAUAUAGUCCUUAUACUUAAACACAAAAAAAUUAUUAACUGUGCUAUAACAUAUUAUUCUGUUUGUAGGAACACGCCCUAGUUAAUUUGAGAUCGACGGAAAACCACCUCGAAGCGAUUUAAGAAUGUUCAGGUUGUCAGCAAGUUUCGUCGCGCUUUUGUUCGUAACCGGUAAGUAUCCUGAUAGAUUGUGUAGGAUUUAUCUAUAUAUACAUUCUCAGGAGAACAGGUUAAACUAUGGUGGUACGCGGUAUAUGUAUGGCAUAUGUUUAUGCAUUCCUCAUAAUUUUCAGUUCGUUAAUUAAGACGGCUUCAUAAUUCAUAUUUUUACCUAUACCAAGGUUUCAAUUUAACAUGAAAUUGUAUAAAUCUUAACCAUGCAUAAUUAUAAGUUAACGAGUACGUGAAAACUACCUGUUCUCGACAAACGUUGCAAGAUAUCACGAUUUCUGUGGUGAAUACGCGAAAACACUUGAGUUGAAACUUGCUAAAUACUGCAUGGUUAUUCAGUUGACAAUAUUGAUUUUGGCGUUAUUAGGAACAUUACAUUAAGCAAGCAGGACGGCAACGCGAGGACGAUGCUUUUUCACACAAUGAUAUUCCUGAAACAGGAACAAUUUUACCUAGUCGAAAAGCCUUUAACCAGAAAAAUAAAAAUUUUGAAUUUAGUCAUAACCUCAAGUGAUAUAUUAUACGCACUAGUUUUGAGCGCGUGUUACGUAAGAUACAAAAAAAUCUCCUCUUAAGGUGGCUCGCUACAGUUUAUAGAAAUGUUGAAAAUGCGUAAACUAGAUCACCUUUUUGAAGAGAUGAUGCUCUUUACAAAUCGAAAUUUCUAUAUUAUAUAUACAGCGACAAUCAAACAGUCAAAAAUUGCUCAGAAAAUUGACGUCACCACUGUUGCUAUGGCAACAAUGACCUGUAUACAGUGUGUAAAAAGUAUAGCCUUUCAAAUUCAGAUUAACGAUAAUUAUAAGUGAUUUGAUUGUUCUCGACUGCUUUGAGUUAAUGAUAUACUCGACGAAAACAUGUCUUAUGUACAAAAGAGAUCAAUUAUACAUGGUGUCCCAAAAAAACAACUAUUGAAAUCACCAUAACAAUGUAAUUGUUAGAAUUUGAUUGCCUUGGCAUUAUUUUGGUUGACAUAAGUGAAUUUUAUGCAUAAAGAAACUAUUUAAAUUAAGAAGCUGCUUCAAAUUUCCAAGAGCAGAAAAUCGCGCACUUUACAAGGAGAUGUUCUUAACUAAAUUUUAAUACAUGCACCUUGAGGCUUGACAUGUCAAUAUUUUACGCAUCAUUACGUUCAGCUUUUUGAAUUUUGGCAGGGCAUUCAAAUUUUAACAAAAAGUGAUUUCAAUAGUUUUCGUUUUUUGGGGGACACCCUGUAUACAACUUCAUUUUAAUGGUGCUUGUACUGUACAGGGUAUUUCAUCGAGUUGUUCGUACAUGUCCCAUAAGUAGAAAGUCUUUUGUUUUACGGGUCACUAAUUUGUUCGUAGCAAUUAUAGCUUGUCAGAUGAAUUCAAUAGAAUAUGGCGUUAUGCGUUAUUUAAAUUUGAAAGGCUAUAUUUUUUAUACACACUGAGUGUAGACAAUCAAAUGAAAGUUUUUAUCUUUGCCUAGCCAUUUUAAAUAAGGCUUAUUUAGAAUGGCCUUGCUGCUAUUCUGAAUAACGCUUUUAUCUUUAAACAAAUCAUCUGCAUGCAUGCAUCUGUGUAUACCGGUAUAGUAAAAUGUCAAAAUAUUUAAUGGCCGAAUUAAUAUUACCGCACUGUAUAUACUUUCUAGCUAAAACUCUAGCAGAGGACGUUUGUGAAAACAAUGGCACACCAUUAACUGGAACUCAUCAGAAAUGUGAAUGCCCAACUGGAUUUAAAGGAUUUGACUGUAGUGAGAAAGGUGACUUUGAAUAAUAUCAAUUUUUUGAUGAUUAGAGUUUAAUAAAACAUUUUUAAAAGUCAUUAUGCAUGCACUCGCAAGUUGCACUAACAAUCCAAUAGCACCAUGCAAAACCCAAAUACCACCAUACAACGCAAAGAAACAAGUAUUAAUAACUGUUAUUUUAUUAAUACAUCUAGUUACUGUGUGCGAAGGAAAUCCUUGCAGAAAUUCUGCAGUGUGUGUGGACAAUGAUGAUGGUACAUUCACGUGCAAAUGUCAACCGAACUACGAAGGAAUUCUGUGCGAGAAGAAAGGUAAAGUUAAAAUUGACAAUAUGUCUUUAAUCUAUAAUUCCGCAAAACGCUGCUUCAUUCCUAGAUUAUGCACAGGGAUAUAUGUGUUUCAGCUUCCACCUGUUUUUGAGAAUUCGUAAUUUGUUUUUAAUGUCAGUGUUGUCCUUCUAUACCAGUUUCAUCUCUAUCAACAGACCGUAUACUUUGUACUCGAAAACUUGGUUGCAUGCAUGCUCUGAAUUUUCAACACUGAUAUAUGAAGAUUAAUAUAUUUCCAAAUUCCAAUAUUAUUAAUAAAAAUUAAUAUAAUAUAACUCCAAAUUCCAUGCAGCAUCAAAGUCUUAAAGAAGAUUAAUAUAAUUCCGAGUAUUUUUGCCAUAUUAAUAUCUCAAUAUCUUUGCAAAAUUAAUAUAUAAUUUGGACUUUUAAGGUGGCUCGAUACAGUUUUCAAAAACUUCAGGUUGUAUAACAGUUAAUUUAAUUAACAGUUUGAAACGUCGCGUAUUUCAGUUUAGGUUUUAUCCAGCAGAUAUAUCGGCAUGUUCGUCUAUUUUAUUGUUUCUUUCAAUUAUGUCCGUUUUGGUAACACAUUUGUUGCAAUGGCAACAAACGCGUACGAAAAUCACUCUAACAUAUAUAGCCAAUUGCUUUGUGUUUAUUACGAAAAUCACUCGCCAUAUUGGACAAGAAACAUGGGUGAAGAACAUCGACUAUAACAAUUAUAAUGAGCAAAAUACAAAAAAUCUGUAGUACAAUAUUUUUUAAACGCAAAAAUGUCGUUUUCUAAUUUGCUAUUUGGCAUUACUGCAGAAAUUUUUUACUUUGGGCAAUGAGAUAUAGCGAAUUGUCUUUAAUCUUUUAAAAAUUCGCAUUUCCACUUACGUCAGCAAUUGACGUGCAACGUGUUAUAAACAUAGAUAUCUUGUAUACACUAGAUAGUGCAUCUAAUAUUCUGCAAUUCAAAAAUUGAAGCCGUGAUUGCAGACUCGGGAUAUUCUCAUGAAAUGAGAAGACUCGUAUGUUUUCUAUUUCUUAAACAGGGAACUUAAAUAUUAAAGUAAACCUAUUCCAAAUACAUUUUUAAACUAUUCGAACGAUUAAAGUUAUUGUUGUUUUUUAAGCGUUAGCAAGUGGGAAACUCCAACAUGGCCACCAUCUAUUCAAAUGGGGGUAUAACCGCUGGAAUAUUCUUGGCUUCAAUUUUACUAAAAGAGAUGCGCAAUCUUGUGUAUAUAAGAUAUCUGGGGUUAUAAAACAUGUAAAAUGGCGCGAGAUAGAGUUAGCAACUGUCCUAUAUUAUGAAAGUCCUUUCGUUGAUAUUCCCGUGGCACGAAUGAUCACGCGGGUUUGUUCUUAUAUAUCGUAACGUUUUGUUUUAAACAUUCUUGUAUUAUUUUGGCCAUUCUUGUCUAAGGGAUUUCGUGUGUAUUAAUGUAUCGAGCCACCUUAAGAUGUACUGUCCCGUCUUCUAAUCCAUAUUCGGUGAACGGGUUUUAGGUUUAAGCAUUUGCAAAGCAUAUAAAUGAAUAAUUUUGGAUUAAUCUUGUAUAGUAAAAUAUUUUCUGAUAAUCGCGUUGUGUUUUUCAGUUCGUCCAUGUGACAUGCAGCCAUGUAAAAAUAAUGGCAAUUGUUCAGAUGACGGUGCAAAAUGUUUCAAAUGUGAAUGUGCUGUUGGAUUCAAAGGAUUUGAUUGUUCUGAGAAAGGUUAUGCUAAUCUAUAUAUGAAUAUUACAUAACGAUAAUAAUGCGUGGAGUAUAUAUUGUUCUUUUAUGGUAUAUUUAUGGUAUACUAGUCUUGUCUAUCUACAAACCAAAACUUGUUUUAUUAUUCGCCAUGUGUAUGCAAAAAUACAUUCAAUUUAAUAAUAGAGUAAUUCACAGUAUACAGCCAGUGAACUUCACAAUGUUAUAUCAGUAUUUGCACUGAAAAGCAUGCACAUGCAAAAAUUGGGAGGUAUAGAAUAAAUCUUGCGUGUGUAUAUAUAUAUGUAUGAAUUUGCUAUAUGAAUGUCAAUAUGUUGAAAAGUAAUAUCAACAUUUUACAAUAAACCUCCAAAUAGAGUAAUUUAAAAUCACACAAUGCUCAAAGCAAUUUAGUAAUAAUUAUUCCACUCGUCGAUGCAUGGACACUAAUUACUGGUGAGGUCCGCGUAAUUUUUCGAAGUAUUUGACCUAUUAUUUUUUUAAUUUCUAAACGUUCGAUCAUAUGUUUUUGUCGUCGUUUAUAAUGCAAUCAUAGCAAUCAUGCAAUCAAUCGAAAAUUAAUAUUUCAUAUAGUUCUACCAUGUGAAGUUUCUCCCUGCCAAAAUGGAGGUGUUUGUUCUAACGAAGAAGACGGAAGUUUCAAAUGUACCUGUACAACUGGUUUCACAGGUUUGGUGUGUACUAAGAAAGGUAAUUGUGUACGUUAAAUUUACAAAUAACAAUUAUUUGAACCAUACUAAAAUGUAGGACGAAUCAAAUCUUUCUCUUUGCAUGCGAGAUUUGUUCACGCGUAUAUUAAUUUCCUAUUGAAUUAAAUUAUUGGAAGCAUAAUAUAAUUAUCACGAAUUCAGGUAAGAGACAAUGUUAUUUGCUGAAACUGAAUGCUGAGCCAGUAGCUGCAUGCAUUUUGUCAAAAGUCCCUUAAUUCAGACCAAUCCGAAAGCAGAAAAUGCUAUAGACACUCCUGACCACAAUUUCUAUACUACGAAGAACUAUAGCCUGCGAUUUUUGACCAAUCUGGUGCAUGUGAGAAUUAAAUUUGGCAUGUCUAGUAAAAUCUAGCUAUUCCACUUCGCCAGCACUCCCGCAUGCAACCCCUAACAGGAUGGUUACAUGUGAGGCGGCUAGCCCAGAUAUAUGGACCAUCUGGACUGAUUUGUGGCACGAAAACUAGACUACGAUUUCAUUUGAAGAUUUCAUAUGGUAGAUUUUCGACUUUAUUUGAAAGUUCUCAACAGAAAUCAUCGCGGACCAGUCUGCCAUUGACACCUUUAUCCUUUUUAAAGCAAACCACGUGAAGCUCACAUAAUUAUACUGAUGUGUAUGCCACUUACAGUAAUUAAUGCACCCAAUAUGUCUAGUUAUCUAAUAUAGCCAUUAAAUUUCAUUUCACAUGUAUAGAGACACUUUUCGCUUCUACUGUACUGGAAGGUAACAGCGAGUGGAUUGACCAGCUUCAGGAAUGGCUGCCUUCACAGCUACAGGAGAAGAAAAUGAAACUUUGCUACAGAGCUUCAGAUAAUGGAUGGGCAUCCAGCACUUUCCACAACUUCUGCGAUAACAAAGGACCCACCGUUGUUUUGGUGAAAGUUGGAAAGUAUGCUUUCGGUGGAUAUGCUGCUGCAGCAUGGGGAGGUAAGUCCUAGUCUUCCAAAACCUUAAUACCUUAAAGGGUACGAGCAACAAAAAAUUUUGUUGCUUCAUCUGAAAGAGCAUGAAAAAAUAAGCCGACUGGCCGUUUAAUGCUCUAUUCUAUCUCAUCCGGUUCCGAAGUUAUACGCAAAAUGAGCAAAAUAUAAAUUGCUGAUUCAGCACAACGUGUGACGUCAUUAGUUGGGUAAGUAUGUUUAUUGAAUAGUAAACUGAAGCAUAGCUCAGUUAUUAUCAAAUGAAAUUUUGCAUACAGAUAGUACAUGAGACGUAUGGGAAAAUACAUCUAAUUUUGUUGUCAAGGCAACACAAUCGUUGCCAGGCGCCUUACACUGAUUUUGAAUAACUAGUUGAAUUUAUCUAUGUGUAUGUCAUUUUCGAAUUAUUAUCAUGCAAGUAAACGUUUGGUAUGCAUAGGUAUGGUACACAUACUUCUGAUAUUAUUUUAUUCUUAUAAGUACCAUGAAUCUUUUAAAGCUGUUUUAUAAAAUUGGCGCAAGGGGCCUGGGAACGACAUUGUUACCUUGGCAACAAAAUUAGAAAUGUUUUUCAAUGCGUAUCAUCGUGUACAAUCGGUAUGCAAAAUUUUAUAUGAUUUGGCCCAUAAUAACUGAGCUAUGCUUCAGUUUAUUAUUCAUUAAACAUACUUGCCCAACUAAUGACGUCGCACGUUGUGCUGAAUCAGCAACUUAUAUUUUGCACAUUUUUGCGUAUAACUAGCUUCGGAACUAGAUAAGAUAGAAUAGAACAUUAAACGGCCAAUCGGCUUAUUUUUUCAUGCUCUUUCAGAUGAAGCAAUUAAUUUUUUUGUUGCUCAUACCCUUAAUUUACCACCCUUUUCGAGUUUCUAACUCGUAUGUUUGUGUAUUUGGACGUUACCUACAACAAGCUAUUAACGUUGAAAUAUGUUAAGCAUGCACGGAAAACGUUUCAUUAACAACCUCAUUUUAUUCCCUUUUUUUGUUGUUAUUCACCUAUUAAUUGAAUAUCGACAGUGGGGCAGGUAGUACAAGUACUCAAGUAGCGAAACUAAUUGAUUCGUAUCUGAUAAGCUAUUCAAAAGCACUCGUGCACGUGGUUGUGAUGGGUCAAGAGUUGUGAACUGAACUAAUAGCAUUUCCAUUAUUCAUUUGUAUGGGGCUUGCAAGUCUGUUUAGGUGACAUAUGUGAUUAAUCUUUCAAAUUUCAUUAAAUGCAUGCUAAGCUGAUAAUUGAUAAAAUGUUUGUCGUUUUGGAAUAUACAAUAUUGAUAAGUGCUCGUUAUACUCUCGGGACUAAACGGACUCGAUCAUUUAGGUCGUGAUUAGUACUCGUAAUCUGCGCUGAAGCUCGGCGCACACUGGUGCGCGCAACUUGCACGCACGCUUGUCAUUCAUGACUAUUAAAUUACAUACAACAAAAAUCCUAAGUUUGCCGAAAAAUAUUCAGGAUUUUUGUCACUCGAGUCGUGAACAACAAAUAUCACACAUGUGUGAUAUUUCUGUCAUUCGUGACAAAAAUUUCUGGUGCGCGGCAAACGGCUCAUUUUUACUCUUAGGAGCAAAGAAGUGCGCAUGCGUGAUGUCACGUAUUGGGGGAAUAUCACACAAAUAGUAUAUCUGACUGUGGCAAACUAUAUUUGAUUGAUCAAUUUUUAUCCUGCUUUUUGUUUUAGGUUCAGCUCGUUACAUAAAAGCCGAUACAUCCUUCGUUUUCUCCUUCUCCAAUAGAGACGACCUUGCACCUUUUAAAUCUCCAGUCUACCAAAACUACGCGAACGCAAUGUAUACCAAUAACGGUUAUGGUCCUACAUUUGGAGGUGGUCAUGACAUUCACAUUGCUAACAACGCUAAUGGUGGAACAUCGUCCUACACCAACUUUGGACACACCUACAAACCACCCUCCAAUUAUAAGUAUACCACAAAUGAAGCAAAACAGUUGUUGGCAGGAUCCUACAACUUCACUCCGAGUGAUGUUGAAGUUUAUUAUUUCGCCAACAGCAAAUAGGUUUGUAGCCUGCAGAUGGUCGGGGCUAUCGAAAUAGUGUGUGUUUGAUAUCGUUUACAUAAAGUCUGUGAAUUAGAAUUUGGUUAUGUAAGACAUGUAUGUAUAAGGUUAUGUAAGACAUACAAGGUUAUGUAUGAUGUGUAAGGUUAUGUAAGACGUGUGACGUGUAAGAUUAUGUAAGACAUGUAAGGUAGUGUAUGAUAUGUAAGCCUGUAAGGUUAUGUAUGAGAUGUAAGGUUACAAUAAAAUGUUUUUGCGUCAAACAUUUAAAAAAAACCUGAAAUAAAAAGAAUGUCUUUUUUUUGUAUUG